CUGCGUUUUCAGCCGGACUUGCCCAAGUUCACACUGCAGUGAGUGGCGGGGCCGGGGUUCGAACCCACAACCUGACUCCUGUGCUGUUCUCUUCCUGGCCGAGCCAGUGCGGGACGGUAGGUGGACAGUGGAGACAACGCAGGGGGGCGGGAAGGCGUGGCCUGUGCCUCACCCUGGGGGUGGCUUCACCCAGGCCCAAGGCCCCCCGCAUCAGAGCUUGAGACCCAUGAGGGCGGAACUCACUUAGGAACUGAGAAUGAGAGGAAGAUGGAGUCAGCCCAUUUGCUCUUUAUCUUAAAGGCAGAGGGCUUGACCGCCGAGACUCCUGAGUAUCUUCUCAGAUGAGCUCUUUGUGAUCUAGUCCAGGGGUUCUGCCCUCCAGGGGACACUGGGUGAGAUCUAGGGACUGUGUGUGUGUGUGUGUAGUUAAUUUCUCAUUGGAAAAUCAUAUACACAUGUUGUUACCUUAGUUGCAAUCCCCACAAUGUGACAGCACGCUUCCCCUUCUCACCCCAGGGUCCCUGUGUCCAUUCAGCUACUUCCUGUCCCUUCCUGCCUUCUCAUCCUGCUCUUGGACAAGAGCCUCCCAUUCGGUCUCAUGUAUCUGAUUGAACUAAGAAGCACAUUCCUCACGUGUAUCAGUUUUUGUUUUAUAGUCCUGUCUAAUCUUUGUCUGAAGAGUGGGCCUCAGGAAAUGGUUUCAGUUCUGGGUUAACAGUGUGUCUGGGAGCCAUAGUUUCAGGGGUUCCUCCAAUCUCUGUCAGACCAUUAAGUUUCUGGACUUUUUACAUGAAUUUGAGUUCUGUUCUGCAUUUUUCUCCUGCUCUGUCCAGGACUCUCUGCUGUGUUCCCUGUCAGGACAGUCAUUGAUGGUGGUACCCAGGCACCAUCUAGUUCUUGUGGUCUCAGCCUGGUGGAGUCUCUGGUUCAUUUGGUCCUUUAGCCCUUUGUGCUGGUAUUUUCCUUGUGUCUUUGGUUUUCUUCAUUCUCCUUUGCUCCAAGUGCGAUGGGACCAAUCGAUGUUUCUUAGAUAGCUGCUUGCAAGCUUUUAAGACUGCAGGUACCACUUACCAAAGUGGGAUACAGAACAUUUUCUUUAUAAACUAUCUUAUGCCAGUCGACCUAGAUGUGGGGACGUUUUUGAUUGUCACAAGGAGGGAGGGUGGGGUGUGCUGGCAUCGAGUGUGUGGAGGCCAAGAAUGCUGCUCAACACCCUCCAGUGCACAAGAUGGCUCACCCCAGAGAAGGAUCAGGUCCCCAAAUGUCCACAUUGCUAAGGAGGAGAACUGCAUUAAUUAUUUGGGGAAAAACUGAGCUUGAUCCCUGCUCACACCAUACACCAGAAUAAAAUCCCGCUGGGUCAGACAGUGUAAACCAGGGAACCCUCCAGCUGUUGUGAUUUCUGUCCUCUCUUCUCCCCACUCAGCAGGUGGAUUUAAAUGUGGGCGGUGUCCUAGGAUGUCAGGAGGUCAGGUGAUUAUGGGAUGCAGUCUCUUGGGGUCAAUGGAAUCUUGGGUGACACUGGGUGAUGUCUGGGGACAUUUGUGGUUGUGACAACUGGGGGGAGUGCUACUGGCAUCGAGUGGGUGGAGACCAGGGAUGCUGCCCAAUGCCCUACAGUGCACAGGACGGCCCCACCCCAGAGAAGGAUCAGCCCCCAUGUCAGCAGUGCCGAGGGGGACGGACCCUGAUCUGGGCACAGGUUCCUAAAACGAGUGGUAGAGGUUGCACAUGCAAAACCGGCAUCUGUGUUUUGUGGGUAAUUGCAGAGCUUUUCCGGGGCUGUGUGAUCACUCAUAUACAACCCUCAGGAGCCAGCUUUCACAUACACUCGUCACAAGAGUCUGCCCUCCUGGCACUCGCUGUUGACUCCCUGAGUCGGGGAUUUGUUCUACUCUCACAGGAGACGAUGGGGUCGCUUCCUCAGAGCCCUCUGCUGCCUCACCCUGUUUGUCUUCAGCCCCAGCCACCUGAGAAUUUGUGCUCCCCAAGAUGGGGCCAGGACUCUCUUCAUAACGGAGGGAAUGCAGUAAUCACCCCCCUUUUUAUAAAAAUUCAUUGCGAUAAAAUAUAUGUAACAAAAAGUUUGCCAUUUAGCUCUUGUCCAGAGGUGAGAUGAGAAGGCAGAGGGAGACAGAAACAGGUUGACUGGACACGGGGAAUACAGGGUGGAGAGGAGGAGUGUGCUGUCACAUUGUAGGGAGGGCAACUAGGGUCACAUAACAAUGUGUGUUUCAGUUUUUGUAUGAGAAGCUAACUUGAGCUGUAAACUUUCACUUAAAGCAUAAUAAAAAAAAAAGUUUGCCAUUUUACCCUUUUUUAAGUGUCCGAUUUAUUGGCAUUAAUUAUAUUCACCAUGCCGUGCUGCCAUCACGGCUAUCCAUUUCCAGGUGUUUUUCAUUCCCGCCAAAGAGAAACUCAGGCCCCCUUCAGCAGCAGCUCCCAUUCCCUCAACCCCCAGCCACUGGUAACCACUCAUCUUUUGUCUGUAUGGGUUUGCCUGUUCUAGAUACUUUAUAUAAGUGGGGUCAGACAAUAUUUGUCCUUUUGUGCCUGGCUUCUUUAACUCAACACAGUGUUUUCAAGGUUUAUCCACUUUGUGGCAUGUGUCAGGACUUCCCUUCUUCGUGGCUGACUAAUAUUCUGUCCUGGAGUCCCCCGGGGGUGCAGACGGUUAAGCGUUCGGCUGCCAACUGUGAGGUUGGAGGUUGGAGUCCACCCGGAGGCACCGUUGAAGAAAGCCCUGGUGAUCUGCUUCAAAAAAAUCAGCCACUGAAAACCUCGUGGGGCCCAGUCGUAUUCUGACACACGGGGGGUCGCCACGAGUUGGAGGCGACUCCACGGCAGCUGGUUUUACUAUUCCAUUGUGCGGAUGGACCACAUUUUGUUUAUCCGUUCGACUGUUGAUGAACGUUUUGAUUGUUUCCACCUUUUGGCAGUCGUGAACAGUGGCGCAGUGAACAUUGCUGUCCACGUGUCCGCUGCAGUCCCUGCUUUUAGAUGGAUCCCCUUUUACAUUCUUCAACACAUAAUCAUUAAGCCGUGCUGGGCUCUGGGGGUACAGUGUGACCAUGCCAGACACUGCCCACGCCAGAUAUGGCCACAGCAGACACAGCUCUUGCUAUCAUGGUGCAUGUGGCGCCAUGAGGGACCCAGGCAACAAAGACACGAAUGUGAAAAUCAAACAACUGCAAACUGGGGAGAGUGUGGGGAGCUGGGGUACGGUCCUGGGGUGGGGCAGAGGAUGCUAAAAGUACUGGUUGUUGUCGUCAUGUGCCCUCGAGUCAAUUCUGAUUCAUGGCGACCCCAUGUAACAGAGCAGAACUGCCCCAGAGGGUGUCCUAGGCUGUAACCUUUAUGGGAGCAGAUGGCCAGGUCUUUCUCCUGCAGAGUCACUGGGUGGGCUCAAACCACUGACCUUUCAGUUAGCAGUCAAGUGCUUGUCAAGGAUUGAAUUGUAUCCCCAAAAAAUAUGUGCCCGCUUAGUUAGGCUAUAAUUCCCAGUAUUGUGUGGUUGUCCUCCAUUUUGUGAUUAUAAUUUUAUGUUAAAGAGGAUUAGGGUGGGGUUGUAACACCCUUACCACGUCACAGCCCUGAUCCAAUGUAAAGGGAAUUUCACUGGGGUGUGGCCUGCACCACCUUUUAUCUCGCAAGAGGUAAAAAGGAAAGGGAAGCAAGCAGAAUUGGGGACCUCAUACCACCAACAAAGCAGUGCCGGGAGCAAAGUGCAUCCUUUGGACCUGGGGUCCCUGUGCAGAGAAGCUCCUAGUCUGGGGGAAGAUUGGUGAGACGACUGACAGAGAAAGCCCUCCCCUGGAGCUGACGUGCUUGCUGAGUUUGGCCUUUCAGCCUACUUAACUGUGAGAAAAUGAACUUCUCUCUGUUAAAGCCAUCCGCUUGUGGUACUUCUGUUAUAGCGGCAGUAGGUAACUAAGUGCUUAACCGUUGCACCCAAAGUGAUGGUAACACUGGCUUUACACUCCCAGGCCCCAGCCUCAAAGGAAAAUCAGACGCUGGAGCCUCAGGCCCAGGAGUGGAGACCCCUCUGACCAGGACAGAGACCCCAGAGCAGGAGGAGAGGAAGUCCUGGCACUCAGCAUUUCCUGCCCCAGCUACCUGGCGGCCUGAUGCCAGGAGCUGGAGGGCCUUGCCUGCCAAGAGGACGGGGCAAUAUCGGCCAGAAACCUCAGAGAACGGGGAGCUCUCCUCCUCAGUUUCCUCAUCUGUGAGAUGAGGGAAAUAAUGUUACACUGUCAGGUUGUGGGAAGAGGAGAUAGGUCAACACACUCAGUUCUCAGAAUAAUUGUUGCCUAGCUCGUGGGAGUUGUCCAGCGCGUAUCCAGUACCGCGGCGUUGACCCAGACUCGCGGAGACCCCACGUGUGUCAGAGAAAAACAAUCCCGUAGGGUGUUCAGUGGCCGAGUUUUGGGGAGUAGAUUGCCAGGCCUUUCUUCUGAGGCACCUCUGGGUGGACUCAAACCUCCAACCUUCCAGUAAAUGGCUGAGUGUGUUAGCCGUUUGUAUCACCUGCAGACUGAGCUCGCUGCAUGUUGGCCCUUGAUGUCCUCCCCUCUUCAUUUGCUUUCUUCCGUGAGAAUUUUGGUCUAUGGGUUCUCCCUUCUCCAUGGUCAUAGCCUCUGGGGAGUGUAGGCGCAGUGGGGGUCUGGUGGUAGAAUUCUCGCCUCCAUGUGGAGACCUGGGUUUGAUUCCUGGUCAUUGCACCUCAUGCACGGCCACCGCCUGUCUGUCCGCAGAGGCUUGCGUGUUGCUGUGAUGCUUAUCAGGUUUCAGCGGAGCUUCCAGACUAAGACUUAGGAAGAAAGGCCUGGUGACCGACUUCAGAAAAUCAGCCAAUGAAAACCCUGCAGACCACAUGCCUGUUGGUCUCUUCACCUGGAGCAACAGAGGAAGAAGGAGAGUCAGGAACAGGAGGAGGAAAUAGGAUGCAUGGCUGAUUGCCUCCAGGAACAACUGCCUCCUUUGCUGUGAGACCAUAAGAACUGGAUGGUGCCCGGCUACCACUACUGAACAUUUUGAUCAAAGAUUCCAUAGAAAAAGCCUGAUCAAGAGGGGGAAAAGGCAGAAGAGAAUUUCAAAUUCCCACAGACUCCAGACUUUCUGAAGCCAUGGGGCCUGGAUGAACCCCUGAAACUAUUGCCCUGAGAUAAUCUUUAAACCUCAUACCAACGAUAUCCCCUGAAAUUGUCUUAAAACCAAACAGUAGUUUAGCUUAAGGAGUAAAAGCCGUCGACCUUGAGCGUUAUGCUCUUUUAAAAACUCUGUGGGAUCAAAUUAGAUAGUUACCAUAGGGGGUGGCAAGUUUAUGUUAAUGAGGGAGGAACGACUCCGAAAAGGAGGGUGAGAAUAGUUACACAACUCAGUGAAUAUAAUCAGUGUCACUAGAUUGUACGUGUAGGAACAGGGAGGAUGAGAAUGGUCACACAACUCAGUGAAUACAAUCAGUGUCACUAGAUUGUAUGUGUAGGGACAGGGAGGAUGAGAAUGGUCACACAACUCAGUGAAUACAAAGAGUGUCACUAGAUUGUACAUGUAGGAACAGGGAGGAUGAGAACGGUCACACAACUCAGUGAAUACAAUCAGUGUCACUAGAUUGUACUUGUAGGAACAGGGAGGAUGAGAAUGGUCACACAACUCAGUGAAUACAAUCAGUGUCACUAGAUUGUAUGUGUGGAAACAGGGAGGGUGAGAACGGUCACACAACUCAGUGAAUACAAUCAGUGUCACUAGAUCGUACGUGUACAAACAGGGAGGACGAGAACGGUCACACAACUCAGUGAAUACAAUCAGUGUCAGUAGAUUGUACCUGUAGAAACAUUUGAAUUGGUGUACGUUUUGCUGUGUGUAUUCUCAACAACAACAACAGCAAACACCAUGGUCCAGUCUGCAGCCGAUCAUGGAGAUGGCCCAGGACCGGGCAGUGUUUCAUUCCAUUGUGCCCUGGGUUGCCACGAGUCGGGGCAGCUUGACAGCAGUUAACAACAACAACAAAAAAGAGGAUAUAAUCCAUCAUGAGUCCAGGACGGACUUUACUGUCUCCGAGAGACUGGGUUAUAUUUACAUCAUCUUCUAGGGCUGAGAGGUAGCUCCUGUGUGAUGAAUGAGAAUGAGACACUGGACAGAGCCAGUUGUUGUUGUUGGAUGUCAUCUAGCCGACGGCGACUCACAACAACCCCAUGUGAUACAGAGUAGAACUGCCCCAUAGGGUUUUCUUGGCUGUAAACUUAGCGGAAGCAGGUUGCCAGGCCUUUCUUUCCUGGUACUGCUGGAUGGAUUCAAACUGCCAACCUUUAGGUUAGUAGCUGAGCACAAACCUCUUGCGCCACCUGGUGUAUCCAGAGGUACCAGAAUUGCCGCGGCAGAUCCACCGGGAGCUAUUUCUGUGGAGAGGUCGGGAGUCCUUGGUAUGUGGGACUCUCGGGAGAAUCCCGGUGAACAUUCCGGUCCACGUACUUCUGCUUCUCGUGAGUCAGGCAGUACUGUCGAUCCUCGUCACUUGCAGACUCCAUGUUAAGUGAAUUUGCCUAGUUGCUAAAAUUUAUUUAUAACCCCAAAUCAAUACUUUUACCGUCAUUUGCAGCAAAAAAUUUGAGUUGCCGACUUGUGCGUCCCCAGGUGAGGCCAAACAAGGCAAUGCUCUGUCUUCUUGUUCCCACUCCCGUACUGAAGUCAGGGGUCCUUCUCAUGGUCUGUAUAGUGCCAUGGUUUUCAUAUUCUUGUGCUGUUUGUAGGUGAUUGUCUUAGUUAUCUAGUGCUGCUAUAACAAAUACCACAAGUGGAUGGCUUCAAUAAACAGAAUUUUAUUCUCUCAAAGUCUAGGAGGCUAGAAGUCCGAAUUCAGGGCACCAGAUCCAGGGGAAGGCUUUCUCUCUCUGUCAGCUCUGGGGGAAGGUCCUUGUCAUCAGCCUUCCCCUGGACUAGGAGCUUCUCAGCACAGGGACCUUGGGUCCAAAGGAUGCACUAUUCUCCUGGCUCUGCUUUCUUGGUGGUAGGAGGUCCCCAUGUCUCUCUGCUCAUUUCUCUCUUUUAUAUCUCAAAAGAGAUUGACUUAAGACAAAGCCUAAUAUUGUAGAUUGAGUCCUGCCUCAUUAACAUAACUGCCUCCAGUCCUGCCUCAUUAACAUCAUAGAGGCAGGAUUUACAACACAGAGGAAAAUCACAUCAGAUGAAAAAAUGGUGGACAGUCACACAAUACUGGGAAUCAUGGCCUAGCCAAGUUGACACAUAUUUUGGGGGGACACAAUUCAAUCCAUGACAGUGAUUUUUCUGUUUAAAAUGGCCCCGAAGCGUAGUGUUGAACAGCUGGCUAGUGUUUCUAUGCGUGGGAAGGCUGUGAUGUGCCUUAUAGAGAUAGUGUAUGCUAGAUAAGCUUCGUUUAGGUGUGAGUUCAAUGUCAAGGCACCAGCAAUAUACAGUAUAUUAAAUAAGAUGUAUUUAUACAGAGGAGCCCUGGUGGUGCAGUGGUUAAGAGCUACAGCUGCCAACCAAAAGGUCAGGAGUUCAAAUCCACCAGCUGCUCCUUAGAAACCUUAUGGGGCAGUUCUACUUUGUCCUAUAGUGUUGCUAUAGUCAGAAUCAACUGGACAGCACCAGGGUUUCCUUUUUUUUAGUACAGAAAGACAAAGUCCCUAGGUGGUGCAAACGGUUUGCAAUCGACUACCAACAUAAAGGUUGGCAGUUCAAACCCACCCAGCGGCACCACGAAAGAAAAGCCUGGUGAUCUGUUUCCCUUAAGAUUACAGCCAAGAAAACCACACGGAGCACAGUCCUACUCUGACAUACACAGGGUUUGAGCCCUAAUCAACUCAACAGCAACUGACGACAAACAGAAACAUACUAAGACAAGGUUAUGUAUGAAUCAGUUGACAAAUCGUGACCGGGGCGCACAGGAGCCUGACCUGUGUUCCUCCUGGAGCGAUCGUCCCGUAUUUACUAAUUCGGCGUUGCGGUGACUGUAUGGAACACGUUGCUAGCUGCUGUCGAGCUGCUCAACAACGAGAACUUACCGUAUUUACUAAUUCGGCGUUGCGGUGACUGUAUGGAACACGUUGUUAGCUGCUGUCGAGCUGGUCAACAACGAGAACUUACCAUAUUUACUAAUUCGGCGUUGCGGUGACUGUAUGGAACACGUUGUUAGCUGCUGUCGAGCUGCUCAACAACGAGAACUUACUGUUUACACAGUAGGUUUAGCACUUGAUAAACGCCUGUCGCUCCUGUCGUCAUUGUUUCAGCCUGAGGUGUUUCUGUUACAGACUCUGGGAUGACAGCCGUGGAUCUGCCGGCUACCCGUGGCUGGAGGUUCGAGUCUACCCAGAGGUGCCACAGAAGAAAGGCCUGGUGAUCUGCUUCUGAAAAUCGGCCAUUGAAAACCUUAUGAAGCACUGUUCUGCUCUUCAGAGCUCUGCCUGUCCAACACCCUGCUUUUUCCCAAAAGGAGAGAAUGGCUGUGGGGUACCUGCCCCCCUGGCCCCAGGGAUCAGUGACCUUCGCAGACGUGGCGGUGGACUUCUCGCAGGAGGAGUGGGAAUUGCUGGACCCUCCUCAGAGAGCCCUCUACAGAGAGGUGAUGUUGGAGACCUACCGGACCCUGGCCUCCCUGGGUACAUGAUUCGGACCUACCCGGUGGUGCUGCAGAAGAAAGGCCUGCCGACCUGCUCCCAUAAAGAUUACCAUGAAGAAAACCCCGUGGAGCAGCUCAGCUCUGUCACAUGGGGCCGCUGGUGUUCCCUCUGUCGACCACUGGUGCCUCCCCACUUGGAGCAAGGAGAAGCCGUGUGGAUGGUGGAUCGUGGAAGUCCCCAAGCCUCCUGUUCAGGUUGGGAGGCUAGACUGGAAAUCCAAGAAUCGAUUUAUAAGAAGGUCAACUUGGGACAGAAACCGUCCAGUGGUCUGAAUAUCAUCAGGCUCACCAGAGGAGAUGGGGAAUGUGGUCAGUUUGAGGAGAACCACGAAGACCCCCAGAGGCUUUUGAGGCAAAUGGCGUAUGUCCAAGUAGACGCAUUUACUCAGACGAGAGCUUCUGUAUGGAGUGAGUUUGGGGAAAAUGGUAAUCUGAGCUUACACCAUGUUUUAGCACAAGGAAGUCCUCCCAGGAAACAUUUCCAUGAAUGUGACUUCCAUAUUGGAAGUUUGGUAUCUGAUUCUGUCUUAAACAGCCAUCAGGUGGGAUAUGCAGAUCAGAGACCCUGUGAAAAUAAUGAAUGUGGAGAAGCCCUCAGCCAAAGCGAUCACCUUAUUCAACACGGAAGACCUCAAACAGAGGAGAAAACAUUUUCGUAUGCUGAAAGUGGAAAAUCGUUUUGUCAUAGUAUGGCUCUUACUGUCCACAACAAAAUCCCCAUGGUGGAGAAACCCUAUGAGUGCCUCCAGUGUGGCAAGGUCUUUAACCGCAGGCACUCACUCAUUGAACAUCAGAGAACCCACACAGGAGAGAAACCGUACGACUGUCAGGAAUGUGGGCGAGCCUUCACACACAGCUCAACCCUCACGCGGCACUUGAGGAUUCACACUGGAGAGAAGCCCUAUGCGUGCACCGACUGUGGGAAGGCCUUCAACAGGAUUUCCUCUCUCACUCAACAUCAGAGAAUUCACACGGGGGAAAAACCGUACACAUGUAAGGACUGUGGGAAAUCCUUCUGCCAGAGUUCUUACCUGAUUUUGCACAAGAGAACACAUACCGGCGAGAAGCCGUAUGAAUGCAACGAGUGUGGGAAAGCCUUCAGCGAUCGUUCCUCUCUCAACCAGCACGAGCGGACUCACACCGGCGAGAACCCCUAUGAAUGCAAUCGGUGUGGAAGAGCCUUCAGCCAGAGGUCUUCCCUUGUUAGGCAUGAGAGAACUCACACUGGGGAGAAGCCGUAUCGUUGUAACGAAUGCGGGAAAGCCUUCAGCCAAAGCUCUUCCCUUAUUACCCAUCAGAAAACUCACAUUAGUCAGAAAACCUUUAAGAUAAUUGAUUGUGGGAAAGCCUUCCAUUGUAGCACCCACCUGAUUGGAUUUUAGAGAUUACUUUUUUGUUGUUUUUAGGUGUCAUUGAGUUGAUUUCAACUCAUGGCUACCCCAUGUGACAGAGUAGAACUUCCCCAUUGGAUUUCCUAGGCUGUAAUCUUUAUGGGAGCAGAUCACCAGGUCUUUCUCCCACAGAGCCACUGGGUGAGUUUGAACCACCGGCCUUUCUGUUAGCAGCUGAGUGCUUAACCAUUGCACUACCAGGGCUCUUUAGAAUUGAUUAUUGCCUCGUAAAGCACUUUUUAGUACUCCACCACCUAAGUAUGCUUGGACUUUGUGGUAUUUCUUGAAAAGAAGUAGGCCGAAUCUACUCAGUGAUGCUGUGGAAGAAAGACCUGACAAUUUACUUCCAUGUGAUUACAGUCUUUGAAAACCCUGUGGAGUUUUCUACUACUAUGCUGACACACAUGGGGUUACCGUAAGUUCAAGUGGGCUCAACAGCAACAAGUUUGGUGUUCUGGUUUAUUCCUCAUUCUUGAAAGAAAGCACUGAGGGCUAGAUUUGAGAAGGAGCCUUUUAAUGUGCAAGGUUGCCAUUGAGGAUAUAGUAAGCUCCAUCCUCUUUGAAGAGAUAGGUAAAAUGAAAUACUAAGAUGAAAUGAAAUUCUAAAAAAUAUCAUAGGUUAAUUUAGUUGUUGAAACAAAAAUUAUUGUUUCAACUUUUUGUUUUAGCAUUCAGUAUUUUUGUUUCAAUAUUCUAUUUUGCUAUUUUACAUAAUCAUUCCUCCACUGUUGGCCACUCACCUGGGUCCUAAUUGGCCUCUUGCACUGUUAAAGAAAUACAGAGUGUGUGAUACAAUAGCUCUUUGGCUGUUACAUGUAAAAUAAAGGGUGCAUGAUAGUAUGUGUCACUUCGUCCAGUGCAGCCUAAAUAUAUGCACAAAGGAGCAAAGACUGGAAAGAGAUGUGGAUAGAUGAACAGAGUUUAUUUGUCAGGGUUAUCUGAUUAAAUGUACUUUCUGUCUUCUCCCAUUUGAUUCAUUUUGACAAUGAAUAAAAAUCAAAUAACAUCAAACGUUGAAAGGAGAGUCAAGCUUCAUUGAUCAGUUGGGGAGGAUUGCAGACACUAAGAUGGCGAGAAUAGAGUAGGUCUUGGGAUGUUGAGUGAUAGCACAACCUUUGCAAACUGGAAAAAGUCCCAACCGUGAAACAAACUUGGCAGAAUAGAGGUCAGUUGUACUGAUAAGCAUUAUCAUCAUCGUUAACAUUUACUGGGUGCUUAUAAUAUGCCAGGCAAACAGCUUCCAUAAAGAUUAAAGGUUGGUGACUCAAACCCACCCAGCAGCACCAUGGAAGAAAUGCCUGGCAAUCUGCUUCUGUAAAGAUCACAGCCAAGAAAACCCCAUGGAGCAGGUCUAUUCUGCGCACAUGGAGUCACCAUGAGUUGAAAAUGACUCCACAGCAACUAACGAGCCUAGCACUUAUUUAUGUUUCCAUACUUAACUUUCACAACAACUCCAUGAGAUAGUAACUGUCUUAGUUAUCUAGUGCUGCUAUAACAGAAAUACCACAAGUGGAUGGUUUUAACUAACAGAAAUUUAUUCUCUCACAGUCUAGUAGGCUAGAAGUCCCAACUCAGGGUGCUGGCUCCAAGGGAAGGCUUUCUCUAUCUGUCAGAUCUGGGGGAAGGUCCUUGUCAUCAAUUUUCCCUUGGUCUAGGAGCAUCUCCACACAGUGACCCCAGGUCCAAAGGACAUGCUCUGCUCUUGGCACUGCUUUCUUGGUGGUAUGAUGUCCCCAUGUCUCUCUGCUUGCUUCUCUCUUUUAUAUCCCAGAAGAGAUUGGCUUAAGACACAAUCUAAUCUUGUAGAUUGAGUCCUGCCUCAUUAAUAUGACUGCUGCAAGUCCCAUCUCAUUAACAUCAUAGAGGUAGGAUUUACAACACAGGAAUAUCACACCAGAUGACAGAAUGGCGGGCAAUCACACAGUACUGGGAAUCAUGGCCUAGCCAGAUUGAUAGACAUAUUUUUGGGGGGGACACAAUUCAGUCCAUGAUAGUAACUAUUCAUAUUCCCAUG